AUGAUCAAAGGUGUCAUACAUCACUUGCCACCCUCCGUCAUCGAGCUCAUCUCGGCCGGAGAAGUCAUUCAUCGACCAGCGAAUGCUGUUAAGGAGUUGAUAGAGAACAGUAUCGACUCUGGAGCGACGAAUAUUUCGGUAGUGAUAAAGGGAGGAGGGCUGCAGCUUAUUCAAGUGAAGGAUAAUGGUUGCGGAAUUCCGCUCGAAUCACUGGAUAUUGUGUGCGAGCGCCAUACCACAAGUAAGCUGACUGCAUUCGAAGAUUUGAAAGCGAUUAAGACAUUGGGAUUUCGCGGUGAAGCCUUGGCGUCUAUUAGCUACAUUUCUUUCAGUGAAGCGUUCUCAUUCCCAAACGCAUAUUUUUUUCGUAUUUUAGAAGGAACACUGGUUGAGAAACCGAAAGCAAUAGCUGCUAAUGUAGGAACUCAGAUUACCGUGGAAAAUUUAUUUUAUAACGCUCCAUUGCGAAGUGCUACGAUUAGAAACGCGACCGAAGAGUGUAAUCGAAUCCGUGAUAUUGUGACCAAAUACGCCGUGCAUUUUCCAAAACUGGCGUUUCUGAUGAAGAGAUACGAUGGGAGUGGUGUGGAUUUGCGUACCGAAGGAAAUACAUCGACUUGUUUAAGCAACAUUCGCUUGUUGUACGGAGUGGAGGUUGCGAGAGAGUUGAAAGAGUUUGAUUUUGAGGAUACCAGAUACGGUUUUAAAGCUUAUGGUUUGCUGUCGAACCCGACCUUUUCAUACAAGAAGCUUGAGUUCAUCUUAUUCAUCAAUGAUCGUCUCGUUGACUGCCUUUCCAUUAAGAAAAUCGUCGAGUGGACAUAUGAAAAGUUUGCUUCCAGACGAAUUCACCCGUUUGUUUAUUUGAGAAUCGACGUGCUACCUAGUCAGAUCGAUGUGAACGUUCAUCCCACCAAACAAGAAGUAUCGUUUCUCUAUGAAAGCGACAUUGUGGCCUGCAUUCAGAAAACUAUAGAGGAUACGUUCGUCAGUUUUGGUGGAUCGAGAACAUUUUUUACAUCGGUUGUUCAUCCGGAGGGAAACAAAAGCUUGUCUGGCAUCAAGAAACAAACCUCAACGGACGAAUUAUCACAAGUACUUGUCAGCAAGUCUCAGAAUCCUUGUAAAAAAAUUAGAACCGAUGAGCGUGAGCGAAAACUGAGUGAGUUUUUUGACAGACCGCAUCUGCCAGAAAGUCAGAUAUCUCUUAACUUUCCCCAAUCACAGAAAACUCUUUCUCCGUCCCAGACAAUACAGGAAGAAAAUCUUGAGAAGUCCGCAAUGGAUACAAAUAUCAUGUUCUUGCAGUCCUGCCGUAAACACUUCACGAAACCAGAUUGGCGCAAGAUUCAGCUAUCGUCCGUCCUGGAGCUACAGCAGGAAAUUUGUGGGCGUGUGUCAGCUCAUCUGCGAUCUAUUUUCCGAGGCAUGAAAUUCGUUGGAUGCGUAGAUCCACGUUAUACGUUGUUUCAGUACGACACUGGUCUUUACAUGAUCAAUAUUGAGAAGAUUAGCGAGGAGCUCUUUUAUCAGGUACUCAUCUUCGGUUUUGGUAAUUUCAACGUGUACCAGUUGUCUGAACCGUGUUCCAUCGCUGAACUUGUCGCUCUUGGCUUCAAGGUUCGUGACCCGUUGAGUAACGUCACAGCGGAUAGUCAACAGGUAGUGGACAUAAGCAAUUUUCUGAUGAAGAAAUCAGAGAUGUUGUGGGACUACUUCUCGCUACAGCUGAAAGAUGGUAAAUUACUGGCCCUACCUAACCUAUUGGACAAUUACGUGGUGCAGUUGGAAGGGUUAGCUGAGUUCAUCUUGCAGCUAGCUUCAGACGUCAACUGGACAAUGGAAAAGGCCUGUUUCGAAAGUUUCUGUCGGGUGGCAAGCAAAUUUUUUGCUUUCAAGAAGCGUUUCUGCGAUGGAGAUCAUGUCGGCGAUGACCUUACCGUCCAUUGGUCAUGGGUCAUUGAAAAUGUCAUUUGCAAAGCUGCCAAACAUCGACUCCUGCCCCCUGAUGACUGGGUGCGACAGCAAGUCGUUAUUAAGUUAGCCGAUCUCGAGACUUUGUACAAGGUUUUUGAACGGUGCUGA